AUGAACACCGGUGUCACAGGAGGUCGAUUUGAUUUUGAUGACGGAGGAACUUAUUGUGGAGGGUGGGAAGACGGAAAAGCUCAUGGACAUGGAGUAUGCACUGGACCUAAAGGACAAGGAGAAUAUAGUGGAGCAUGGCAAUUCGGUUAUGAAGUGUCUGGUAUCUAUCUAUGGCCUGCUGGAAAUUGUUAUGAAGGGCAAUGGAUGAGUGGAAAACGGCAUGGACUUGGUGCGGAAAAAAAAGGCAGAUGGAUCUACAAAGGAGAAUGGACACAAGGUUUUAAAGGAAGAUAUGGAAUUCGUGUGUCGGAUAUUUCGGGUGCCAAAUAUGAGGGUACAUGGGCAAAUGGAUUACAAGAUGGAUAUGGUGUAGAAAGUUAUGCUGAUGGAGGAACAUAUCAUGGUCAAAUAACUCAAGGAUUACGACAUGGUUGGGGUAUACGACGUAGUGUUCCAUACGGUACCGCAUCUCGUUAUCGUUCAAAAGAUGUUCGUGAUUCACUGACAUCGUUACGCAGUGAAGAAGACGAUGAACGUACUCAACGAGAAAGAGAUAAACGUUUUGAUGAAAAUCGUGGUGGUUUUGUACUACGGGCUAAAUCGGAUUCAGCUGAUCGUUCAGCUCCAAAUCGUCGUGGUUCAUUGUCAAAUAGUACCGAACGCCGUAGUAGUCUAAGAAAAGUUUUAUUAUCUAAAUUACGCAAACAAAAAUCGACAAGUGAUAUUGAAGAAUUAUCGACAACAAAAAAAACUAGUUCAUUUCGUAGUACAGCUAGUACAACGAGUGGCGAUUCAAAACAUUCGGUUAAAACUGCUCCAAUAACAUCAACAAAUGACGAUGGUGAUCAUAGUUUUAUUUCACAAGAAGAUAUUUUAGACGUCAAUGUUAUCGAAACGUAUAUGGGAGAAUGGAAAGCAGAUAAACGGACAGGAUUCGGUAUAGCUGAAAGAUCGGACGGUUUAAAAUAUGAAGGUGAAUGGUUCAAUAAUAAAAAAAAUGGUUAUGGUGUAACAACGUUUCGUGAUGGCACAAAAGAAGAAGGAAAAUAUAAAAAUAAUAUACUAGUUACUGAUAAACGAAAACCAAAUAAAUUAUUUUUAUUACGAUCAUCGAAGCUUCGAGAUAAAAUUGAUCAAGCGACUAAUAGUGCAGUAAAAGCAGCACAAAAUGCUCAGCAAAAAGCAGAAAUCGCCAUGUCAAGAGCUAAUAACGCUAGAGCAAAAGCACAUUCGGCCGAAAUAUAUGCAAAGCAAGCUCGAGCCGAUAGUGAUAUUGCAAGAGUAUGUGCAAAAAAUGUAGCACCAGAUUUUCGUCAACCAGGUGAAGAAAAAAGGCCAGCCUAUAUUCCACUUGAAAUUGAUCGUAAUCCAGAAGCUGGAAAAUUUCAGAUGGUUGGGAAUCAUAUAGGCGGUGGAAUCAAUGGUGCAAUCAUUAAUGAAUCAUUAUUGCCUCCAAAUCGUCUCUCACCUCAAACAUAUGUUGAUCAUCGUUAUCAAAAUAUGCUCAAUAAUCCACAUGGAACGCCCUCACUUGGUCCGGGUAUUAUUUUAAGAGAAUCAGAGUCAAUGUAUCAAACACAUCCAAUAAUUCCCACGGGACCAUAUCAAUCAUCAAUGUUGCAGAAUAAUCCACUCCAACAUCAACAAGACUAUUACAAAGAUUCACAUUUAACAGGCAUUAAAAUGUCUCCUACAAUGUAUAGUGAUCACUCAGAACAACAGUCAGGUUCUUCCGUACCAAAACGUUAUUCUGCAUUACAAUCGUCAUUGAUCGAUCAGAAUUCUACGCCAGGUAAUUUAAGUUUUGAAGAUGAUCAUGCAUCUCAAAUAACUACAAAUCCAUCGUUAAAUUUUGGUUCUGCUCGAACACUUCCUAAUUACUCGGACACUGGUGGUCCGAGUGUAUUUAACAAAGUAGAACAAAAACGUCUAACAUUAAAACGAAGUACGCGAGUUGAAGCUAGCACAGAAGAUAUGCUCAAUCCAAAUUCAUCAUCUAAUAAUGAUUUUCGAUCUCGAGGUCAAACACCACCAAUAUCAUCAUCGUCUGUUUAUAAUCCAAAUCCGCAGCAACUCUAUCGUCAACCAUAUCCACAACAACGUUAUCAACAACAACAACAACAACAACAACAACAACCACAAAUGAUGAUGAAUUCACCAUCUUUCCCAAUAACACCGUCUGCCACCGCCUAUUUACCUGGAGGAGGAGCGAAUUUACGUGGUAUUCAUUCAAAACAUCACGGAAAUCGUUUAUAUCAUGGUGCUAUUGAUUCUCAAAACUCUAGUUUUCACGAUAGCGGUACAAGUAGUGGUGGUGCAAGUUUUGAUCCCGAAUUGGCCAUGCAUUUUAACAAAACGGGCAUGCCAAUAAUAUCAGAUAUGAACACGAAUUCUUCUUCGAUUGGUGCUACACACUACGUUAAUAAUAACCAUACUAAUGAUCCGAACCAACCAUUAUCUCGUCAAUCUUCUCCAAUACCGGGAACAUCGACGGUUCCUCGUAGAAAAUCGUUACCGAGUAUUGUAAAAAAUCCUGGCUAUAAAGAUAAUGAAACAGCACGAAGCAGUGACAAUUUAAAAAAUAAGGAAACGUUUAUUAUAGAAAACGGUAUUCGAAAACGUGUUACCGAACAACCGCAAAAACUAACGGAUAGCGGCAAUCCUGUACCUAUGAGCAAUGCGCUAACGAGUAGUGGAUCACCGUCUUUACCGAGGAAAGUUAUCCUCGAAAGUAUUACAAAUAUUAAUCAGACAUCCGCAAAUAAACGAGUUAGCAUGCCCACAUUAGUCGGUGAAUUUUCGAGGAAGAAACCCGGUAUGACAAGAGAAGAAGUUUCCAUACUUAGUUCACAGCGACGUGAAGAAAUACGUCGCCAACGUGAAAGAACUGCAAGCAAUAUUGGCCGUCUUAAAGCUAUGUUACAGACUGAUUGUGUGUCCGAUUCUAUGCAUGCUUUCUAUACUCCUACACAAGAAAUAUCCAUUCAGACAGAUUUUGGUGAAUCUUAUAUAGAUAGCAUUCAGAAUUAUUUUUAUCGAAAUCGUGUAAUAUUAGCAAUUUUAUUUUUAAAUUUAUCAUUAGCAUUAUGGUUUAUACAAUUAUUACGAUAA